AUGUUUGGUAUCCUAGCUUUAAGGUAUGCCAAUGACUCCACUCCACUUCUGCUGGAACUGGAAGCUCUGCACGGCACACCUCGACGGAACCUCCAUCCGGAAAGUUGUGGCCAUGGCUUCCUCUGCGCCCUGAUCGAGGACUUUGCCGACGAGUGGCUCACCAAGGUCAUGUUCGAGGCGCGCUUCCAUACGCAGGAGGAUGCCAAGUUCGGGGCUACCUGGCAAGUGCUUCAAAGUCCCGACCAGGCCAAGAAUGCCGAUGCAGCCAUUGCAGCUGCAGAGAUGUUUGCAGCUCGACAACGCGAGCGCCGGGCACUGGUAGGAUGUUCCGAUUGGAGCUGCAUGGAAAAAACACUUCGCAUGGUCUGCGCGGCUUUGGAUGCCAAUCUACGGCAAGGUCGCCCCUUCAUCUUUGGCAGUCGUCCCACGAGCGCUGACUUCGCAGUCUACGGGCAGCUUCGGCAGCUGGCAACAGAUCCACUCCCGUCGAGGAUUGUCAUGGAGUAUCCCGCCGUUUGGGCCUGGGUUUUCCGCGUCGAAGACCUCACCGGCUAUCCGGACCAGGACAACUCCAAGUUGAGUGUGGGACCAGGUGGGUAUCGUGGGGUGUGA